CCACUUCCGACUCCUCCAUUCAUUUAAGCAGAGAAGAGGCUAGGGUUUUAAGCCUGGGGCAUUUCUUCUUCUCCGCAGCUCGCGCCGCCGCCGCCGCCGCCGCAUCGGGUCCCUCACCACCGGGCACCGGCGACUCCACCUUAGCGCGGCGACCAUGGCGGAGCAGACCGAGAAGGCUUUCUUGAAGCAGCCUAAGGUGUUCCUCUGUCCCAAGAAGACCACCAAGGGGAAGAAGCCUGGCAAGGGAGGGAACAGGUUCUGGAAGAACAUCGGCCUUGGGUUCAAGACUCCAAGGGAAGCCAUUGAAGGAACCUACAUUGAUAAGAAAUGCCCGUUCACUGGCACUGUGUCUAUCAGGGGUCGUCUCAUAGCUGGAACAUGCCACAGUGCUAAGAUGAACAGAACCAUCAUUGUCCGCAGGAAUUAUCUUCACUUUGUCAAGAAGUACCAGAGGUAUGAGAAGAGGCACUCCAACAUCCCUGCGCACAUUUCACCAUGCUUCCGUGUGAAGGAAGGAGAUUAUGUAAUCAUUGGCCAGUGCAGGCCACUGUCAAAGACCGUGAGGUUCAAUGUGCUCAAAGUCAUUCCGGCGGGGUCAGCGGGGAAGAAGUCUUUUACUGCCGCUUAAGACGAUGGUGACUACAACUUCCAGGGCCCGGAAAGCUUUGAUCUUAAGAUUUUGAUGCUGCCUAGCCUUUUUUUUCACAUCUGCCAUGUACUAGGAAGUCGACUUGGAUUACUUGCAGAGCUUGAAAUCGUGAAAAUUCUUAUUAAAAAAAUCGUGAAAAUUUG